CCAGCGAUAAAUGAUAAAACCCUGGUCCUUGUAGCUCUAUAUUUUUCUCUGUCUAGUUUCGUUUCAUAAUUCACACUCCUCACGUUUUUUCUUCGCACAAACAUUGAAAAUUCGAAGAUUAAGAGAAACGCUACGACCCACUCAGAUUUAGGUUUCUGGAUUCAAGCAAUCAAGCUUAGUGGCGAAGAAGGAAUAAAACUAGGAAUAAAACUACAAGCACGUUCUGUUGAUUCUCAGUCCAUUCUGUAAAACUUCCUUCGAAUUCAAAACUCGGAAUGCAGAACUCUGUAAGAAACUAUCUUACAGGACAGCCAAAGUUGUUUUCUACUGAGAAUAAAACUUCAAGUGUAGAGGUUUAUUUGCCGAGCAAUAAAUAUAGAUCAAGCGUAUAUGGCUUGCCAGUUCCUCCAUAUGGCGAAGUUCAAGGGGACAUUGAGGUAAGGUCCUACAUACAGGAUGAGACAGUUGAUGCCAAGUUUAGCCAACUGAAUCAAGCCGCACAACAAAUCGACCAAAGUCAUGAACAAGACAUGGAAAUUGGAUACGAAGAGGGCACCCCUCCACCACCAACUUAUGAGGGCCUUGAACAAAGAUUUAUAGAUGAAAUCACAAAACUAGCCAGAGAACGGAGUGAUGCAGAGGACGCAGAAUUUGCGAGGCAUACCGAGAGAAUACUUGAGAUAAACAAAGAGUACCAUGAGAAGUUGUCUGCACUAAGAAAUCUACAAGCAACUCGACGAGAAGAGUUUCUUCGUAAGGAACUUCAGGCGCGAUUAAAUCAGUAUCAAGAAAGUAAAAGAAACUACUCACCCCAUAUGAAGGUGCCGGUGCCAGAUGCCCAUGGCUUUACAAGUCCUUCAACAUUCACUGCAGAAGCAAAUAGUAUAUUCCAUGGUGCUAUGAAGUAUAAUAAACAUGAUAGAGAACGAACCAUGUCAUUAUCAAGUGGGAGAAGUCAAGGAAGCGAGGCAAGGGUUCCCUUACCCCUGGGUCGUGUUUACAAUAACAGCACACCAUAUCACUAGGAAGGAAAAACAAAUUGUGUUGGCUACAAGAAAAUUUUCAUUUGGUAGUAAUCAAAAUAAUAAAUCAUGUCCAGAAUAGUUCACAAAUGUGCUUCUCAAAUCAUAAUUUACUAUA